CAUGACCAAAAGCCAGGCCAAAAGCUAAGCCAAGCCACGUCAGCAAGAUCCAAAAUGGCAAAAGGUUGGAGUUUCAUUUGAUUUCACAGAACACAACAGUAAGGAAACAAGUUAAUUUCUCAAUUUCUGUGGAAUCGUUCACGAAGAUGGUUCUUCAGAGACAUUUAUUUUUACGUGCUCUGGAUAGAGUAAGCCACUCUUCAACACGUUCAUUGGCAUCCAUUGAGCCUACACAUCGACGAGUCGUCGUAACAGGCAUCGGAAUGGUGACGCCGCUUGGGGUCGGCACCAAGCAUGUCUGGAACCAGCUGAUCAAGUGCCAAUCAGGGAUUACUUUACUCAGUGAUGACUUCAAAGGCAUUCCUGCCAGCGUCGCUGGUAUCGUCCCACGGGACCCCGAUAAACACCCCGCGUCGUUCAGUGCCGAAAAGUACUUGUCAAAGUCAGACUUGCGAACUAUUCCGACGGCGACCGCAUUUGCCAUCGCCGCAGCAGACGAAGCACUGGAUGACGCAGCAUGGCAUCCGCAAGCAGACGAGGAUCGGAAUGCGACUGGAGUAGCCAUCGGGAUGGCCAUGUCAGACCUCGAGUACAUUGUCGACACCGGUGUGGCGUUCCGCGAGAGGGGUUACAACAGAGUGUCGCCGCUAUUUGUUCCAAAGAUCUUGACAAACAUGGCGUCAGGACACGUAAGCAUUCGUCACAACCUCCGCGGACCGAACCACUCCGUCGCUACAGCCUGCACGACGGGUCUUCACGCUGUCGGAGACUCGUUUAAUUUCGUUCAGCACGGAUUCGCAGACGUUAUGGUGUGCGGCGGCACAGAAGCUUCAAUCAGUCCACUCAGCGUUGCAGCUUUUGCUCGAAUGCGAGCCCUGAGCACAGCGGAGGAUCCGAGCCGAGCAUCAAGGCCGUUCGACAAGGGGCGUGAUGGGUUUGUGAUCGCAGAAGGUGCUGUUGUUCUCGUCCUAGAAGAGUUGCAUCAUGCCUUGCGGAGGAAAGCAAAUAUUUACGGUGAGAUUCUCGGCUAUGGCUUAUCCGCAGACGCGGUACACAUAACAGCAUCGUCCACCAAAGGCGACGGAGCUUUUCGUUGCAUGAGAGCCGCGUUGAGGAGCUGCGGAACGGAUCCCAAGGAAGUGGGCCACAUUAACGCGCAUGCAACCUCGACUCCCAUCGGUGAUGCAGCGGAAGCGGCAGCCAUUCAGCAGUUGUUUGGAGACAACGUCGGGAAUGUGGCUGUAACCGCAACAAAAAGUGCAACGGGCCACCUGCUCGGUGCGGCUGGAGCGAUCGAAGCAGCAUUCACAGUCCUGGCAUGCCGCGAUGGAAUAAUUCCGCCGAUACUAAACUUGGAGGAGCCUGAUGUUGAUGCGCAGUUGGACUUUGUAGUGAAGGAAGCAAGAAUAUGGGCUGAUCGUAAGAGGAGGAGGGUAGCAGUCAAGAAUUCUUUCGGGUUUGGCGGAACGAAUGCCUCAUUGGUUAUUGCAGAAUUUAAAGACAACUUAAUUUAAAAAUGCAAGCUUAUAGGAUCCUUUGAAUGACUUCUAGGACAUAAGUCUCAUAUAAUGUGACAUGUCUAACUCAAACUAUGUAGGUUUUUUGUUUAUGUCAUUUGCCAUUUUCAGCUUUGCAUCAUGUGAUGUAUGCAGGAAAAAAGCUUCACUGGUGCUAGAUACCCUGCAGUGCUAUGUGCUAGAAGUUGCAACAGAUCCUUCUGUGACAAUGCUUACAGUGGCAGUGAACAUACAAAUCUGGUGUGUGGCAUUGUGAGCUGACAUUUUCUCACAAGUAAAGCUUAAUUUGUUGGUGCCGGCAGAAAUAUUUUCUGGUUAUAUCACAUCAGUGUGAUUUGGAACUGCAUAAUGUUUAUCCACAAAAGAAAGGAAAUCACGCAGCCAAUCGCAUGUUGUAUGUUCAGAUAAGGCUGCAUUUUAAUAAAGUAUUGCAGUGGA